UACCAUGACGGUAUGCUUAUCGAACUUGGCGAAAUCCUUCCUCGGAAUGACGCGGGGACAGUGUAGUUCAGAUCCCUCGCCUUCACGGAAUUGCUGCAAUAUCGUCUCAAACCACAAUGGAAAUUGUCAGCCCACUCUGUUCGUGGCAGGAACAUCUCGAAUCCAUUUAUACACGUCAAAAGUCACGGGGACAAUCUGUUCCUCUUUAUGACAUCUCAAAGGAUCUCUUCGAAGAUGCGAUUGGACCAGAAGAGGCAGCAACAAAGAUCGCAUCAUGCGUCUGUGUUAGCGACGACUUCCAAACUGCGUAUCUGGAUGUCAUUUGCUUUCUCAUCGGCGCCGCGAAUAACCUCUCGGAGCAACACGAUCUUUCCAAACUUGCAAAUCUCACAUUGGCAUUAUCUCGAUUACCGGAUGCUCGGAACGAGACUCGGAGAACCAUUCAGCUAUCUUUCGACUACAAGAGCUCUGAAAUAGGACCUGGAGAUAUUUUCGUGGUCGGUGAAGGGAAGAUAUGGGCCGAUUUGCCACAAUUUGCGGUGAAUCUUGGUGAUUCCAUGUAUGGUCCUACCGCCUAUAUCAGCGACGGGCUAGCAGAGCAUUGGGUCCAUUCGACUACCUCUAUCUCUACACCUUCAGAACUAUCACAGAUUCACUGGAAUACGACCCCAAGACUGAAAAAGGGAUAGAUUCACUACACAGUCUGAGAUCUGCAUGUCGUUGGAUCACGAUCGCCGGAGAACAGAUCUGGACGGAAAGUAUGCGGAGUCCUCGAAAUGCUGUUGCUGGACCGCUGUGGCAUAGGAAAUGUCACGCCGAUCUUGUGAAGAGUGGGCAGUGGGAAGAAAGGUCUUUGAUCACAUCGCAACGGUGGUUGGCUUGGGCGUCGAGGCUCGAUGAGCUUGCUGAAAGCGACAUGAUUGAAGACGAACUGGAGGGUAUGGCGAGGUCUUCUGCAGAGAUGAUUAGGAUGUUUGAGAGGGAGUGGGUUUUCGACAUUGAAGAUGAGAUUCAGUAACCAGAGGGAGGGGAAGUGACUUGAGGUCUUCAUUGGAAUUAUCCAAGCCAUCUCACAUUGUAGAAUCUAUCGAAAGUGUUCCUUGUCCGGCU